GACUCCUUUAUUAGGGAGAAAACAUGGCAGUGCAAAAGGAACAGGCUGUAGCGAACAGGCAAUGGGUCGAUAACUGGCGAAGCGCGUAGGUAGGAGGCUGAAGUACAAGCGGGGUAAUCCAGAGAGGCGGUCAACAGGCAGGCGAAAGUCCGUAUACCAAAACAGGCUGUUUUCAGAACUAGGCUCAGACAGUACCACGCUUGGGAAUAGGGGGCUCAGUAGAGUUGCAAACACAAACAAUACCUCAUGAGGACUGGCAGCACAGACAGCACUCAUAUAGGGUUUAAACGAGACACCGGUGCAAACGAUUAUGGGGAAUGGAUAGGCUACGUUCAAGACAACGAAGGGAAACAGGGCAUAUUCCAGACCUCACACACAUUCUGUGUAAUGUCUAGCCCUGAGACUGUUAAACUCGGGUAGCGAAAUCUCAAGCCGGUUGACCAAAACUGAAAGUCAAACUUACUAGCGAUGGUGAUGCAGGUGUUCCUGAAAUCAAUGGAGAGGCUGGAUUAAAAGGAUAAUCUGUAAGACAUGCAAACUAACAAAUGUGUGCUGUUACAUGUUGUUAGUGAACACAAUGGUAAAACAAACCGCAUAGGCUGGAAAUGUUCUAUGUGAACCCCUACAAUAAUGAUUUAAAUUAGGGUAACUGAAGUCAGGUUUUGUAAUCAAUGAAUUAUAUUGAGUUAUGAUUACAGACCCCUAACUCUUCUCUGCAUUCAGAAGUAAACCAUUCUGGUAAUGCUUAUGUUUAAACUGUACAUAAAAUAUAAAUUGAACAACAAACAUUUUUCAAAUUAUUUUAAUUACUUCAAAAAAGUAUCCUGUUUCUUGCAACAGGGACUGUCAGGCCUACUGGGCACACAGGGACCAGAGGGAAAGCAAGGACCAAUGGGGGAAGGAGGAGAUGAUGGAGGACCAGGAGCAGCUGGGCCCACUGGUACCAGAGGUCCAGCUGGAACAAUGGGUGGAAUAGGACCAAAAGGCUUUACUGGAGACCCUGGUAAGCCAGGAGAUGUGAGGACCCCCAGAGUUGCAGGACAGAAGGGGGUUAAUGGCAAAGACGGAGAGAUGGGUGCUGGUGGAGUGGCCGGUCCAGCCGGAGUUGCGGGGAAGAGAGGAGAGCAAGGUCCGCCUGGUGUGAAUGGCUACCAGGGUCUGCCUGGAGCUGCUGGACCACCUGGGGAGUCUGGGAAGCCAGGGUCUGAGAGUAUCGCUGGAGAAGGAGGGGCAGCCGGACCUACUGGGCUACAGGGUGAGAGUGGCACUCCAGGAGAGAGAGGCGAAGUGGGACCUAAUGGGCUGCCAGGUCCCAACGGGACUUCAGGAGGACCGGGACCAGAAGGCCCAAAGGCAGGUACCUCAUCAUAGAUAUUCACUCAUUCAUUUAACCAGGUUGUCCCAUUAAAGACAGUUAGCGAGACCUACUGAAUAUUUACAUUGCAAUGAUUAGCCUUAGAUAUCCAAGGUAUUUCCCAUUAAAAUUAGGUUAUUGUAUGUAUGUUCUCCCUACCAGGGUGGGGCUGGGACUAAAGGAGCUGUCAGAGACGUAGGAGGCAUAGGCCUACAGGGGGUGCCAGGGGAGGGGUAGCCGGUCCCACAGGUUCUAGGAGUAAGUUAUCUUCUUAACUGCUUUAUUAAUCACUUGACGCCCAUUUCAGUUAAAAUAGAUACAGUAUAUAAAGGUAACCCUGAUGCUUUGCAGAGUUAUUUUAUAUAAAAAGUCAGGGCAACAAAUGUAUAAUUAUUUUGGAUUGUAAUGAGUUACUCAUCCCUAAUCUUAGUAAAAUAAGUUUGAUAAUGUACAGUGCUGUAAAGACAUUGCUGGUAAACAGAAAGCUAACAGGUCUCCAGGACCUCCAGGUGAAAAGGGAGAGCCUGGAGUUGAUGGACCAGAGGUAAUAAUUGAGAGUGCUGCCUUAGCACUAGUUAUAUUUCAUAGCUGUUUUGUUUACCUCCGAGGUGGCCAACUUCUCUCCAAUCGUGGGGUCUUCCUACGGUGCAUUUAGAAAAUAUUCAGACCCAGUCAAUUUUACAUAUUUUACAGGCGAAAACCAGGCACUUCUCAUCAACUGGCCAAUACCAUCCCUUAUGUAUAGGUGUGCCAAGCGUAUAGGUGUGUACCGUCAUGCCCAUUGUUGGUUUACCAAGAAAAUGUGAGUCUGUAAUCACUGGCAGAAGUGCUUCAAUAAAGUGCUGCUUAAAGGGGUCUGAAAACGUAUGUAAAUAAAAAAUAAUUUAUUUUGUUAUAUACAAAUAGGUAUGAACUUUUUUCUGCUCAUUCGUUAUGGAUUACAGAUUGAUUGGGGGAAAAAAAAAUUCAUUACAGAACAUAAGGGUGUAACGUAAUGAAAUUCUGAGAAGUGAACCGGUCUGAAUGCUUUCCGAAUGCCCUUAAUGUAAUUAUUUUACUAGUGCCAAGCCACCUCGGACCCUGCCCCGGCCCCUGCCAGUAAGAGGAAGAGGUGUCAGAGCUGCCCACCCAAUAAGGACUGUAAAACCCACACGGUGUGCAGCAGGUGUAAGAAGUACGUCUGCAGAGGCUGUGCACAUAUGUGCUGUCCCACGCCUACUGUCCCACGCCUACUGUCCCACGCCUACUGUCCCACGCGUACAGUCCCACCUGUGUCGAUUGUGGGUUUACAGAAGAAGGGACGAUCUGACCCGCGGGACACAGGGUGUGUGGAGAAUGCCAAGCGAUGCAAGGACUAAUUAUACUUAUACAUGCUAGAACUGCAUUUUACAACCUGACUUCCCAGUUUUGUUUUAAUUAUGACAAGGUGUUGACUGCAUGUUUUCUCACUGUUUGAUUUUGGUACUUGUCGUUUCCAGGAGAAUGAGGGGCAGCCGGUCCCACAGGUUCUAGGAGUAAGUUAUCUUCUUAACUGCUUUAUUAAUCACUUGACGCCCAUUUCAGUUAAAAUAGAUACAGUAUAUAAAGGUAACCCUGAUGCUUUGCAGAGUUAUUUUAUAUAAAAUGUCAGGGCAACAAAUGUAUAAUUAUUUUGGAUUGUAAUGAGUUACUCAUCCCUAAUCUUAGUAAAAUAAGUUUGAUAAUGAACAGUGCUGUAAAGACAUUGCUGGUAAACAGAAAGCUAACAGGUCUGAUUGUAUGGUAGGGUGAGAGUGGCACCCCAGGAGAGAGAGGCGAAGUGGGACCUAAUGGGCUGCCAGGGCCCAAAGGGACUUCAGGAGGACCGGGACCAGAAGGCCCAAAGGCAUGUACCAGGUUGUCCCAUUAAAGACCUAAUGAAUAUUUACAUAGCAAUGAUUAGCCUUAGAUAUCCAAGGUAUUUCCCAUUAAAAUUAGGUUAUUGUAUGUGUGU